CAUUAACGCCCGCUGUACUCAAGCGAGUACACUCGUGUUUGUUCCUAUUAGAGCCAUCUCUGAGUCAACCACAGAAGUACUGCCUCUUAUAAACAUUUGUAGAUGGUACAUGCGACAGGAUGCAAGAGCCAUUUUUCAUAAAUUCUGUGAGUGUGUCGUUGUUUACAGUAAUAGAAGUUAUUGCUUAUUUGAUCUAAGAUGUAUAAACCAUUUUUUGAUGAUCCUGUUAAAACAUACGAGUAUUACAAUUUUCUGCCUGAUGCUCGAGAUGAUUUAAAAGAUAACGAUGAUGUUUUGGUCUUGCCUCCAGACGCGCGUUAUUUGACUGACGAGGAGGAAUUGGAUGAAAAGCAACUGAUGGCAAAUGGAAUGACACAAGAUGUUUCUGGUCGUUUAUAGCUGUUUCGCCAAAGUUCAGCUAAUGACGAGUUCUGAAGCAGCGACGAAGAGCAUUUGAGUCAAGUGCGAAAACGUAUACAAAUACCUAAAUAAAUCUAAACACGAUGACUUGGACUGGGAGAAAUGCAAUCCUGAAUAUUCCAUUUGGUCUGAGCCGCCACCGUUAUGUGAAAUGAAUGCCAAUAGGGCUAAACUAGUGGAAGAGAUAAAGGAUUUAAAUCCAGUACUACUAUUUGAACUUUUCUUUGAUGAUACGGUUUUACGGCAUAUUAUCGAUCAGUCCAUGUUAUAUGCAUCUCAAAAUACUCGACACCAAAGAAGAAAUGAAAUCCUUCAUAAAUUCGGACAUUUUCCUGCAAAGCUAGAGAAGCAAUUAUGACGUACAGUUCAAGGGUUCGUCAACACUACGUAUUGAACGUGCCUGCUUCAAGUUACAUCAUACAAAAUAAACGGUUUCGCCCAUUGUACUCAAAUGAGUACCGAUAUUUUUUUGGUAAAAAUAAUAAAAU